GGGGCGGUCAGAGAUCGCUGCGCCAUCCGGCGUAUCGUUCAGCUGAGCUCCGCGUCGGCCAGCACAGCCCAGCACAGCCAUGCCGCUGCCCCGCGUCUGGCCGGUGUUCCGCGCCGCCCUGCUGCUCGGCCUCCUCCUGCAAGCCGCCGCCGCCGAGUCGGUGAGAGAAACAGAGACCAUGGACGCCCGAUGGCUUGACUACCCUGCCUCCGGAGACUUGCCAGAUGAUGAAGACGUUGGCGGAUUCAGGCCUCACUUAACUUCUGAUGAGUUAGAUAUAGAUGAGACAUCUGGGUCUGGAGACUACUCAGACUCUGAAGAUGCCAUAUAUCUGACUACCACGGAUACUCCUGUGAUAUCUGACAACUAUAUCCCUGGAGAUACUGAGAGAAAGAUAGAAGGUGAGAAGAAAAACACAAUGGUGGACAAUGAAAUCAUUCCAGACAAAGCUGUACCUGUUGAAGAGAACCUGUCCAACAAGAUCUCCAUGGCAAGCACAGCCAACAGCAGCAUCUUUGAAAGAACAGAAGUCCUUACAGCUCUCAUUGCAGGAGGGGCGGUGGGCCUCCUGUUUGCCGUCUUCCUGAUCCUCCUCUUAAUCUAUCGCAUGAAGAAAAAGGACGAAGGCAGUUACGACCUCGGGAAGAAACCGAUCUACAAGAAGGCCCCUACAAAUGAGUUCUAUGCUUAAAGCUCAGCAGCACCUUAUGCCCAUCAAGGGACAAACAGACUGUAUGGAAACACUGUGCUCUCAGAUGAGAUGUGCUGAACGAAUGCUUUUUUUGGAUUGAAUUUCAAAGUGACUUCAAGAAAAAACAAACUUCCUACGUGACCCUUCCCAUCCCACUCAGCUAACAAGGGCCCAAUGAAAUACAAAGAGUCUGAAAAAAACCCACAAAAACCCCAAAACAAACCACCUCGGUGUAUUUUUUCUUUUUCCUAAAGCUAGUGUAAAAUGAAUAAAGAUGCCAAAUUCUCUGCUUGGUUUUAUAGAGGGUAUAUAAGCACAAAACAGACUGUAUGGAAGCAAACACCGUGUGUUUGCAUCCGGUGUGCCGUGCUCAGAUUGGCUGCUUCUGUAGAAGAUGGCUUUAUUUUUUAUAAACCUUGCUAAUAGACGUCUUCCAGCAGGCUGUUGAUGUGAAGCAUUUUUGUGGAGAACUAUUUAUGAAUCUCUUACACUACAGAUAAUGUUGCCUUAUCAGGGAGUAAAAGGCCCAUAGGGGCUCAAAAUCCCUGAAUGCCGUAAAGGGCCUAUGGGAACAGCUUCCCCAGGAGACUUCUGUCUCUUCCUGUCGGCCCCAGGCAAGGGUCGUUAAUCCAUGAAAUCAGGACAGCCCAAACGUUUGGUUUGGCUAUGACGACACCCUUUCCUUGCCUUCAGUCUCUUACCUGUUUUUAAGGAUUGCUUGUAGGAUUUUUUUAUAACAAAAUUUUAAAGAAAAUAGCCUAAUGUUUAUAUAAAGUUUGUAGAAAUUGUUUUGAAAUAAUAAAAAAAAUCUACUUUUUUAAUUUCCUCAGAUUUAUUUUUUUCAAUCCCUUUGUGUUUCCUUUGGCCGGGCAUUUCUCUAGAGAUGUUGUUUUAUAUGAUUCAUAUUCUGAACUGAAGCAGAGUUAGCUACAGUGUGUUACAGGUUUCUUCUAUAGCAGCUACUGUAGAGGGUAAAGAUAUUUAUGUUUUUCCCAUAACUUUUUUAGGAUUUGGGGGUUGUUUUAUUUUUUUUUUUUUAAAUAGAAUUAUUUAUAGUUUCUGAAAUGGCUGCUCUUCUCAUUUGGUAACUUUUAUCCUUUUUAUGUAAAACACUAAUGCAAUGAGUCUCUGUGAAAACUAUUUAAGCUUUAUUCUAUGAAUUUUAAUUAUAAAUUCAAGGCAAUAACUUCUAGGAUUAAUCUGUAUGCAAAAUUGGAUUCAUUAUAUGAUUAAAGUAGGGAAAAGACGAGUAUUUCUAGGCUGUAAUAUAAUCAGUCUUAUAGAGCUAUGUAUUAUAUAUUUUGCUGAGAAAUAUACGGUUAAGAGUGAAAGGGCUGGAGUUAAUUCUUCAGCAGCCUUACUGUAAGAUCUCCGUCAUUACUGUGUCUUGUCAAUGGGCUCGUGCUGGGGAAGGCAGCUGGGAGCAGCCUGAGCCCCGGGGCCACGUCGCCGUGUCCCGGCCGCGCCUGGAAGCGGGCUGCAGUCCUUCAUGUGCCGGGUUUGAUCCCUGAGUUGGAACAGGGAUCCCCAGCUGGAGUUGCUCUUGGAAGCAAGCGCUGGAAGCUCGCAUUACAGAGAAAAUAACUUCUUGUUUGGGGGGCUGGCUGCCUGCAGAGUCCCCUGCGGUACUGUGCCGGGUUCUUGCCUCUUGGAGAAGGCUGGCUGCGGUCUGACUGGUGCCUUGGCGGCAUCUCCUAGCUGGGGGCACUGAGCUUUUGUAGACACCUGGCUCUGAACCUUCUUUGGUGGGUCUUUCUUAAUAUAUCAUGUACAUAGCUCCUACCUCUACUGAGAAUUAGACCAAUUUGCCCAGUGCUCCUAGAACGAAGGGUAACAUGCGUGUCCGAUGCCUCUGUUUCAGGAAGGCGUUACGGAACUUUGUGCAAGUCGUGUCCUGCAGCCCUGUGAAUCUGGUGUGGUUUAAGACGAAAUCUGAGUGUGGGUCCCCAAACUGAGCAACCGAGUAGGCAGCACAAAACCGGACGGUUGCAAAGGCUGUUUAGAAAUCUCACUGACUCCUGAAGCCUCCUUACCGAGGCUUUGUUGUAGGCUUGAGGCCCAAUUCGUAGAGGCGAUAGAACAAAGAAAUUCAGCUUCAGCUGAUGAGCUGCUUCUCAGAGCUAGGCAGGCGAACUGUGUAUUGAGACAUCGGUGCGAGAGGACUUUUCCCAAGGCUGCUCUUCCAGGUUGACUCACUCACUUGGUCCCAGUACAAGUGUGUUCGGGAAAACACUGGGCUCUGGGAGGCUCUAAAAACUGCACAGAGUUCACUGUAGGCUGGGAAGGAGAGGGAGGAUUUUACUGCCUAUGGACAGCACUACCAGGAAGGCAGGAGCAGUGUGUGCUUCUUGGGAUAUUUAGAAUCUCUUGUGUAAUUGCUCUUGGGGAUUUUCCACUGUUACUGAUUUAUUCCCCACCCCCCCAAAUAAACUGGUACUUGCUAAAA